AUGCUUACAGGAGUCAAGCUUCCAGUAUGUGGAAUCACUGGAGCCCAACAAUUGGGAAGAGGCGGAUGGUUUGAGUUCAGAAACUUAUCCAGUCCAGAACCGCCAUUUAAACUUUAUCGAGAUGAAGGAAGAACUUUUCUCCAGUGGAUUGGAGAAACUGGACUCAGGGAAGCCUCAGAGGGUAAAUUAGUUGUAGCAAAACUCAUCUGCAGAGACGCCUUUCCGGGAUCCACACAUCCUGAAGUUUUUACUCCUUGCGUCGCAUUCCGGGUGUCAGGAUCUUCUUCGAAAAACAGUGUUCGUGAAGUAACAUUCUCAUCCAGUUUCAAAAAAUCUGAUGGACUUUCAACCAUAGAAUAUACAGCCAUAGGAAUGUCCUCGAUUCUUUUAGCUUUAAUCUACGUAGCAAGUGUCUCUCUUUACUUGCACAGCAGAAAAUCCAAAAGAAAAUGCCCAGAAAAACCAGAAGUUGCCAUAACAAGUGGGAGAGAUGGAGCUGGUCUCGUUAAAAAUAAUCCUUUACUGAUGGCAACCUCAAGGCAUUUUGAGAGCGAUAGUGCUAUGAGUGAGAGCGAUUUAGGAGAUGAUCUUCCUCAGAGCGAUGGUGAAUCAGGAUUCGAAAAUGUUCACGUAACUUCAGCUUUAAUUCAUCCGCAUUACGACUAUUCAGAAGCACACGAAGGACCCUGUGGAUCGGGUUCAAUUUUGGGUGAAAGGAUACCAGACGAGGAUGUUAGAAUUGUUGAAACUGGUGACAAUACUCAUCAUCAAGACAACGCAGUUCUUCCUGGUACUCAAAGAAGAAAACUAUACUUCAAUCCAGCCUACUUUGACAGGCAACUAUUAUUGGCUCCACCUCCUGCAGCUGUCGAGUUCCUACUAAAAAUUCGAGAAGUCAUCGCCAUCGCCAAGCAUAAAAUGAGCGCGAAAAAAUUUGUUCCUUCUCUUAGUAAAAUUUCUGAAGAAGACAACCUUUCUGAACAGUGUAGUUCAUCAAACAAGCAAAAAGCAAACUCCAGUCGCGGUUCCAUAGGCAGAUCCAAAAAAUCUCAGCGAUGUUCUGGAUGUCCCGGUUGUUUAGAAUCACGUCCGUAUCUCCAAAAUCUUCCAGGAAACGCGAAACCAAUUCCCGGGGAAAGUAGAGUUCGAGCUUGGCUAGAAGACGUAAAACCACCAGAACGUCGUUGGAAAGAGCCAGCAGACGAGGGAAAAUACUUCCAAGAAAAUGCAAGAACAUUCGCACGCAGUCUUGAAUACCUUAAAGAAAUCACCAAUCAAUACGAUUUCAAAACCACAGACAGAUCAAAUUUACCCACAAAACCCUUCUCUUCCUGGAAAGACAAUCCUCCAAUGCUCAGAACAUUUCGCCACAUCGCCAAGAGUGAAAUACUCGAAAAUGAUGACAAGUUCAGCGUCGCUCAAAGAUCCACAAAAUCCAUGUUCGAAGAACCAGUCUACGAUAAACUUCAGCGACGACUUAAAGACGGUUUUACAUCCUUUGAUCCACAUCAAAACAACGAAAUCAACGCAAAGGUCAGAAAAGCGAUCGAAAAUUCCUUUAUCAAGCAGAUGGAAGAAAAUGCGGCUCUAGAAAUGAAGGUCAACGGAAAUUCGAACAUGCAGAGAAAUCCCAAUAUGCAGAAAAAUGUCAUUCCAACUGUAGAUAAACUGAAAGUAGAGAAAGCAGAAAAAUUAGAAAAAGCCGAACUUGUUGCUCCUUAUAAAAGGCCACGUAAGGCGAAGGCACCUCUGGGACCGAGGAAACUUCCGGACAUGAUAAAGGAACUACCCAAUGGUAUAAAUACGGCUAAGCGAAUUAUGGAUGCAGUUAUUAAAGAACUGGUGGAUGUGAAGGCGUUGGAACCUUGUCCAAAAUCGCAAAAAUGUCCAAAAUCUCCUCAAAUUUAUGAUUACGAAGUUGACAGUUUGGAGAGAUCAAAGUCUGAUAGAAAACCUUCGAAAUCUCCUGAAUCUAUUAGUCAUUCGAGUCCUACUUUGUCCACGGCUUUGCCCAUGGAAGAAGAACUGACGAUGCAGAAUGCGAUCAUCAAUGCUAAUACAGGAGAGAUGACCAUUUCGAAAAUGAAGAAACAGGCGCGUAAGAAGAACUACUACAAUCUUCCAGAAAUUAUUUCUCAAAAAGAGGGUUAUUCACUUGUAAGUGAAGUGUACGUAAAUGAUGGUUACGCCAGUCCUACCGGUAGUGAUGACUCUGGACCAGAAAUCCAAUACGAACCCGAGAAUCCGGGACAUCUGACCAUCAAGGUUCAAGAUUCUCCCAGAAACUACGUAAAACUGGAUGAAUCAGAGUACGAACCAGACACUCUAGAUCGAAAACCAAUGAAGCUGAAGAUAAAUGGCGAUGUUCAACUCCUUGGAGAGACCAAGUCAAAUUCUUUUGCGAAGUAA